GUGGUGCUGAAUCCUCAGAGGUCAGAAGCCAUUCAUUCUCUAUUAACUUUCGACAAGCAUGUAUAUUUGUCUUUUUUUACAUCUUUUUUUAAACACUUGAUAAUUGUUUCAUCUUGGUUGAAAUUAUUUCAUUUGAGCGGACAACUAUCUGUGAAAUUACUGCAAUUCUACAAAAUUGUGACCUUCCAAAAGAUUUUCUCUGCACUCAAAAUAGCCAUGGUACAAUAUAUUAUUUUUAUUUACUCACUGCUCCUUUAAAAAGAAGAAUGUGCAAGCUAUGGUUCUAUUGGUGUGUUGAAAGCCAAUAGAAAGGCUUUACAGUACAAAGAGAUCCACUCCCUCCCCCUUUCUAUUGUCAGUACUCUCACCAGACGAGCUUCAGCCAAGAGCUGGGGACCUGCACGGAUUUCUCUGGCUAUUUGAUCAUUAGAAAAAUUAUACUUGUUAAUUACAUAUAUGCAAUGAGUCAAAAACGUGUAUAUCACGCGAGCAAGUGCAAAUAUUGGGAAUGGAGACCUUGAGGAUAAAAAUGCGGAGAAAAUGGUGGAUUGCCGGUCUGUUCUAUGCGUUUGCUGUGUGGAAUAUAACCGAGGCGCAAAUUCGCUACACAAUACCAGAGGAGCAAAUCGAGGGCACUGUUGUUGGAAACAUCGCAAAAGAUCUGGAUUUAAAAUUGUCUGACGUAUUUGAGCGGAAUGUACGGAUUGCUCUCGAGUCUGGUAAGCAGUAUUUUGGUGUGGAUCAAGCAAAAGGUGAGCUGGUUGUAAAGGAGAAAUUUGACAGGGAGAAUUUAUGCGGUCAAAAAGCCACUUGUAUUCUUACUCUGGAAGCUAUUGCAGAAAAUCCUUUACAGUUGUAUCGCUUUGAAAUAGAAAUUCAGGACAUUAAUGACAAUUCUCCAGUUUUUCAAAAUAAAGAAAGCACGUUAAAUAUUGCGGAGUCAACCGCGCCUGGUACAAGAUUGCGUUUGGAAUCAGCUCAUGAUCCUGAUGUGGGAUCAAACUCACUGCGCACUUACGCACUGAGCAAAAACGAUUAUUUUGCACUAGAUGUGAAAAUCGCUAAAGAUGGAUCUCGUGUGCCAGAGCUCGUAUUAGAAACAUCUUUGGACAGAGAAAAACAGUCAAUAGUCAGCCUCACACUCACUGCUUUAGAUGGCGGAAAACCUUCAAGAUCCGGUACAACAAAAAUAUCCGUUCGCGUCCUUGACUCAAAUGAUAACGCUCCCGUUUUUGAAAAAGCUCAAUAUGACGAGCAAAUCACAGAAAACACGGCCCCAGGAGCAGUAGUGUUUACUGUCAGAGCUACAGACCAGGAUGAAGGCGCAAAUAAAGAAAUAAACUAUUCGUUUGGUCCUCACACUCCAGACAUUAUCAGCAAUUUGUUUUCUGUUGAUCGAGUUAGUGGUGAUGUUAAAGUGAAAACUAAUAUAGACUACGAGACCGACAGGUCCUUUGAUUUUGAUAUCGUAGCCAGAGACAAAGGCAGUCCCCCAAUGGAAGGUGUGUGUAGUGUCCAUUUAGAUGUAUUAGAUAUGAACGAUAACGCACCAGAAAUUAUUUUAAUAUCUUCACCCAGUCCUGUCCGGGAAGAUGCUCCUGCUGGCACAGUGGUAGCUUUAAUAAGUGCCAAAGAUUUAGACAACGGUGAUAAUGCUAAGGUUACAUUGACGUUAUUACCCGGAACGCCAUUUUCCUUAAAAUCAUCUUUAUCAAAUCAUUACACAUUAAUUACAGAUCAGAAAUUGGACAGAGAAUCGCACUCUGCAUAUAAUGUUGAGAUUGUUGCUGCGGAUUCAGGAUCACCACAACUCACAUCUAAGCAAGAAAUACCCGUCAGUGUUGUAGAUGUAAACGAUAACACACCUGUUUUUACACAAUCGUCAUACGUUGUCCACGUGAAAGAAAACAGCGCUGCUGGAUCAAUAUUGUGUUCUGUGUCGGCUUCCGAUCUAGAUCAGGGCGAAAAUGCAAAAAUAUCUUAUUCACUUCUAGAUUCCAGAGUACUGGACUCGCCAUUGUCAUCUUAUAUCUACAUAAAUUCAGAUAACGGUAGUAUUUUUAGCAUGCACUCGUUUGAUCAUGAGAAGAUGAAAGUGUUUCAGAUACUGGUCCAAGCGAAAGAUCAUGGCUCUCCGACUCUGAGCAGUAAUACUACGGUUCAUGUUUUCAUUGUGGACCAGAACGACAACGCCCCUUCUGUGAUUUACCCCUCUGCACUCAUGGGCUCCGUCUCUCAUCAGAGGAUGCCCCGCUCCGCUAAAGCAGGACACCUCGUUACUAAAGUCACAGCAGUGGACGCUGACUCGGGCCAUAACGCCUGGAUUUCCUAUCGGCUAGCGGAGGCCACGGACGCGUCUCUCUUCACUGUGACUGUACAUACAGGAGAGGUGAGGACUAAGCGCUCUGUUUCAGAGCAGGAUGACUCCUCUCAGAGACUGAUUAUAGAGAUAAAGGACAACGGAGACCCUGGACAGUCCACCACAGUCACAGUGGAUAUACUUAUAGAGGACAGCUUUCAGGAACCAAUCUCAGACUUUAGACACAAAAACACAAAACCUGAGAAUAAAAGCAGCAAAAUCACAUUAUAUCUCAUCAUCGCUCUCGCCUCCGUUUCGUUGUUGUGUUUGCUGACAUUUUUUGUCUUGUUGGUCAAAUGUGCUCGAAGCAGUAGAGGCAGCUCGAGUUGCUGUAUCAGACAGAGCGAUUGUGAAUAUAAAAACCCAAAUAGGAACCUUCAGAUCCAGCUCAACACUGAUGGACCCAUUAAAUAUGUGGAGGUGCUGGGAGGAGACAUGAUGUCUCAGAGUCAGUCGUUCGGCUCCUAUCUGUCUCCAAUGUCCGAAUUCAGUGAUUUCACCCUCGUUAAACCCAGCAGUACCACAGACUUUACAAACACUUUGAGUGUGCUCGAUGCCUCAUUACCAGACAGCACGUGGACGUUUGAGAGUCAGCAGGUGAGAGUGUGA